UGCAGCAUGAAGAGAAUACCAGGACCGGUAGUGCCUUUAUUUUCCAUGUUGAAAACCUAGUUUAUUGGAAGUGUUCAAAUUAUUAAGAUAUUCAUAUCAAGUUUGAUUGAGUUACAUUAUUUUUUAAGGCUUGGAAAAAUGAUUAUGCUUGACCUAUGGACAUUCUCGGAGUCUCGUCACAGCAAUGAAGUCUUUAGAUACACUGUGAGAAGGUCAACUAAUGGUUUGCUGAAGUGUAUUGAUGACAAGGAGACUGCAGUGAGUGCAAGUGAUGGUGUGAAAGCAUCCUUACUUCAAUGGCUGCGAGAAGCUUUCCUUCCUGAAGGUUAUCCAGAAUCAGUAUCUGAAGACUACCUACAUUAUCAAGCUUGGGACACAAUGCAGGCAUACUGCAGCAGUGUGGCUGGCUCUGUAUCAUUACAUGCCACGUUAGGAAGCCUGGGUGUGGGGCAUGAAGGCUCCACUGCUUUAGCAGCCACACUCACGUGGCUCACCAACACGGGUGCUGGAAUGGUGGCCUCCAUUACUUUCACUUACUUCAAAGGGACGCACUUGGACAGCAACAACAAACAAUGGCGUUUGUUUGCAGACGUGAGCAACGAUGUAGCGCUACUACUGCGUCUAGCAACACCUCUACUGGUGCCCUACAUGCCUGUUGUAGUUCCUCUCACUAUUGCUGCUGUGCUCACUGCUCUUGUUGGGGUUGCUGGAGGAGCCACACGAGCUGCACUCACAGCUCAUCAAGCCAGACGGAAUAAUCUGGGCGAUGUUGCAGCUAAAGAUGGCAGUCAAGAAACCCUUGUGAAUCUGGCUGCCCUGCUGACAUCACUCGUAUUGUUACCACUCAUCACGCACAGUCUUGUAAUGACGUGGUCUGUGUUUAUGGUGCUGCUGGCGCUGCACCUGCUGUGCAACUACCAGGCAGUUCGAGCUGUGGUUGCGAGGACGCUCAACAGACCACGACUACUGUUGCUCAUGCAGCAGUUUGCCGACACCUUUACAGUGAUGCCGCUGCAAGAAGCUAACGCUGCUGAGCCGUUAUUCACAGGCUCUGCCUUUUGCGCUGAGUUCUUGUGUCCCGGUUGGCGACUUGAGCUGGGCAGCUCCUUGCAGCAGCUCCUCAACAGCUUGCGGACCAAACCUCGACUGGAUGACAAUUUCGCGAUCGUCGUGACGCGGAGACGCGUGCAUGUUGUGCUCCACGACGACGUCACCGACAGGCAGCUGCUGCUGGCAUGCUGGACGGCCCUGCAUAUAGCUCGUGUUGCCAGCAAGACAGGGAGUUUCAGCGAUGGUGAUGUGGAGCGCGUCAGAGAGAAGGCAACGCAAUCUUUUCCUAGACUGGAAGAAGCGCUCAUCAAAGAAGGCUGGGCUGUGGACGAGCUGCACCUCAACACGCGGCCGUGGCGUGUGCUGCAAAUAUCCUAGAGGACAUAGAUUUAUUUUGAGGAUUUCCUCAGCCGCUCCUAAGUUUUGGGCUCGUGGGUGGGGCUAUUGCACGUUUUAAAUUGAUUGUUAAACUUCGUUAGUUUUUCGAAAAUCCUAAUCUUUAGUGCACGGGAAGGGUUAUGUUUUUUUUUCAUCGAACAUUUAUCAUCUUCUACAAGAAGUUUAUUGUUUUACUUUGUUUUUAUGUGUUAUCGCUCCUCCUCAUACUACCGCUAGGAGAAUUUUUUUCUAUCAUGCGUUACUUCAUUUUUUGUUGUUGAUUGCACGUUUUCUUCUCCGUAAUGUUUUCUGUCUGAUUAAAGUUUAAUAUGUGUAAGAAUUUACUUUUCUACUCCAUUUUUUGUCAUACGCAAUUUUCUCGCCGUGUUAGAUUAUACAUCAUGUGUUAAAAAUUGGUAAAUUUUUGCAAAACUUUUGCAAAUGUUUGUAAAUGUUUUGUGUCUCCAAAUUGGAGUACAAAUGACGACUCCUUAUCUCAUAGCACUUACACGGACAUAAGUGCACAUUCGUCUUCUUUCAUAUGUAUUAAAAACCUCGACAUUCCAUUAAUAAAUUUUUAUACGAUUU